CACAUGUCAAGGCACGUCAUAUCUUUGUAGUUGACUGUGCAGCCAUUUUGGGGGAGGCUGUAGACCGUCUAGCUUGUAUGUGCCAUUAUUAGCUACCUAAAAAAAAAAACACGCAAACAAAGAAACCAAACGGAAAAAACGUUGGACGACACGUCGUUAAAUAUGGGCCCGCCGGGAGACAGAAAACUCCACAUGUCGACUGAAAGAACGGAGGACUUGAGCUGGAUUGUCGAUUUAUCUUGACAUGGCAUGCGGCAGGGCGAGCCGGAGGUUGUGACGACUGAAGAAAAGGAGAGAAAGAAAACAAGCGCAGCAAACACCUCGAAACUUCAGACGUGGAAAGCGGGGGGUUGAUUUCUUUUGUUUAGCUAACAAUUAUUUCGCCAUUCAACUACUGUCGUUGAUUGGCUAUAAUUGAUUCCCCUGGGCUGGUUCUGUUUUUUUGUCGAUGAAGUAGUUAACAAGGCACGACUGAAGUACAUUACAUUUAGCGAAAAUGGUGUAAACGGUUAGUGAGUGAAGCCCGCAGGUUUCUUAGACUCAAACAGCACUGGCAGUCACAUUGAGCCGAGGAGGUGGGGGAAAUGUAAACGCGUUUAAAGAUGACUGUACGCUAAGCUAGGUGAUCACACAUAGGCCUCAAUUAAGCCAAUCAGUCAGAUGAUAAGAUGUAGCUAUAUCGCUGGUUCACUACUAGUUAGUGUCGGAAGUGAAUGCCUAGAUUAGCCUGCUAGCUCACCUUAGCUAGUGUGCUAAAAAUACGCCCACAUCAUGACUAUCGGCAGUGGCAGCAACGACACAGGCUCUGGGCCAAAUGAGUGGCAGUAAAAGUCACGGAAAUGUCAAGUUACUUUCGCAGUAGUCUUCGAUGUUACCCGGUGCCAAUAUCUCCUGGCAUCUGUGUUUACCUGCCAUCUUCGUCUGUAUCCCCAGUCCGUCUAUAACACGCACAUAACAGUGUCUGCACGGAAGCAAAAAGACAGCCAUGGAUGAGGGACUUUGAAAUGACCCAAACGAUAGAAUAUUUGUCUGCUUGCUGUAGUCCACAAUCUCAAUUGCAGAAAACUAGCGAUAUGGGUUUUUGCAGCAGCGCUUUCUGCUGAUUUCAGUACCAUCUAUAGGAGGAAAAAGUUGAGUCAUUUGAGUUGCUGUUUUAAUUUAAAUCUUUGUUGUAAUCCCUCCAUGGCAGGUUGAAAAACGAAGCUCACGGUCCUUGAAAGUCAUGUCUUAAAACAUGGAUUUCUGAUCAAGCAUAAAGGAGAUGUAGUCUUAGCUUGUCGACCAUUCCCCCCCUCCUCAACACUGCCCUUUUUUUUAACAAAACAAUCGAAAUGACUUAGUUUUGUUUAAGAUUUUUAUGACCUUUUAAGUUCGUAGUUGGUAUACUGAGGAUUUAGCCUAGAGUUUUGAUGCGUUGUUUCUGCAAAGGGUAGCCAGCUCCAUCCUUUAUCAAACAGAAAGUAGAGAGUGUAGCCAAAAUAUACUGCAGAAGAGGAGAAGACACUACCAUCGAAAUCCAACCAUGGGGGACCCAACUUCACGCAGAAAUCAAACACGAAAUCGACUUCGAGCUCAACUUCGGAAGAAAAGGGAAUCUUUGGCUGAUCAGUUUGACUUCAAGAUUUAUAUAGCCUUCGUUUUCAAAGAAAAGAAGAAGAAGUCAGCACUUUUUGAGGUAGCCGAAGUUGUGCCAGUGAUGACCAACAACUAUGAAGAAAAUAUCCUACGAGGUGUGCGCGAUUCCAGCUACUCUCUCGAGAGUUCAAUAGAGCUCCUGCAAAAAGACGUUGUGCAACUACACGCGCCCCGAUACCAGUCAAUGCGAAGGGAUGUGAUAGGCUGCACUCAGGAAAUGGAUUUUAUCCUAUGGCCACGCAACGAUAUUGAGAAGAUCGUCUGUCUGCUGUUCUCCAGAUGGAAGGGGGCCGAUGAUGAACCCUUUAGGCCUGUUCAGGCCAAGUUUGAAUUUCAUCAUGGAGACUACGAGAAGCAGUGCAUGCAUGCUUUGGGUCGUAAAGACAAGGCUGGAAUGGUCAUGAACAACCCAACUCAGUCUGUAUUUCUCUUCAUGGAUAGACAGCACUUACAGACUCCUAAAACCAAGGCCACAGUUUUCAAGUUGUGCAGCCUCUGCCUGUACUUGCCCCAGGACCAGCUGACCUGCUGGGGUGUGGGAGACAUCGAGGAUCACCUCCGCCCUUACAUGCCUGAUUAAGGCUUCUUGCUCCACCCAGCCACACGGAGGGGGAAUGAAAAAGAAAAAAAAAGCCUUUCUCCCUUCCUCUUGCCUAAGCCUUCAGAAGCAAAUUGAUGUACUCAUCUCCAUCCUUUUUUCCCUUUAAGAUGUGAACUUAUGCUUGGAUCUCCUUUUUUGUUUCUACUCGUUCUACCUUCCCUGACCUGAAGCUGAUUGAGUUCCCAUCCUUCAUUUUUUUUUCUGCCUCAUGCUCCCAGUGUGCCCCCACCCCUCUUCUCCCUACCAUUUUUGGAUUUAUCCCUCACCUUUUUUUCCACUUCCUCCUCAUUCCCUGCUUCUCACUCACCUAUUUUUGUUCAUUUGAACCUGCACGAACAUUGAUUUUGAGUGGUUGGUUGUUCUCUUGGAGCUGCACUGUCAACAGCACCGGUCAUUGAAGGAACUCUUUAUGUUGCAUCAGAACAGGAACAAACAAUACACAGGUCAUCAUGGUGGUUCUCACAUGGACGCGUUUUAUAUCCUUGUUGUCAUAAGAAAUGAUUGUUAAAGCUUGUAAUGUCACGCAGGUGUCUAGAACAACUUUACGCAGUCUUGUGACCGAGGACAGGUGUGGAGAGGUGUUUAAACACCCGUGUAAGCAAAGAGAUAAUGAGAUGAACAGUAUCUGUCAAAUCAUAUGGUGUAGGUAUCGCUUCUUAUAAACAGCCUUAGUUAUUUUGCUGGACUUUCAAAGAUGGUUUGGUGUCAUUUGCUUUCCUCUGAAACAUGCUAGGCAAGCCUUCGCUAAAACCUUGAGUGACUUGAAAGGUGUUAUACACACAAAGUUGGUUAGACGUUGAGGGUCAUGUUCACUGUUCAAGCACUAUUCCAUUGAGCUACUGAAAUGAUGUUUUUAUGUUUGUUUUAUUGGGGAUGUGGGUUGGUGAGUAACUGAAAUGGCGACAUUUAUUGUUUAACAUACCUAACAAAAGUUGCUGAAAGCUAAUUCUGUUAUUUUUAUUUGACCUACUAAAAGUUAGAUGAUUUGCCACCAUGCUCAUCAAAUUAAAUUGGGUUUUGCAGGCUUGCUUGUCAAAGAAUAUUACGCACAUAUAAUUUUGCUCCUUGUUGAUUCAGUGUGUUCACUUUAAAAGGAUGUAAGGCGUGUAACUUCUGGAGUUUUUUCUCUGUUGGUUCUCAAAUCAAUACUGCUGAGCAUAUCCCAAUACAGUGCAAAUUCUGAAAGCAUCA